UAGCUUUUUCUCUCACCGCCACGGAGGAGGAGGAGAAAGAAGAGCUCGGUCUCAGUAUGUUUGCGCCCAUCUAAGCUUUCCUUGGUGUUAGCGUCCGAAGAGAGAGAGAGAGAGAGAAAGAGAGGCAUAUGGCACUGGAAGCUGUGGCGCUCCCACAGGACCUCUUCGGUUGCGCCGUGAACGAGUUGUACAACAUGGGAGGAGCAGCGUGGUGCUACGCCUUCGGUGAUGAGGGGGAGGAGAAGGGUGUGGCGUUAGAUUGUAAGAUAAGUGGUGGUGGAGGAGGUGGCAUGCAUGGGAAUUUGGACGUCUCUUCGGGUGCAAGCUCGUCGCUGCUGGAGACAGCUGCCAAGGACGGCGCCUUGGUCAUCGGCCGAGAGGCAACGGCAGGGGGGAGGAAGAGGCGGCGCACCAAGGUUUUCAAGAACCAGGAGGAGGUGGAGAACCAAAGGAUGACCCACAUCGCCGUGGAGCGGAACCGGCGGAAGCAGAUGAACGAGUACCUGGCUGUGCUCCAAUCACUCAUGCCGGCCUCCUACGUUCAAAGGGGUGAUCAAGCAUCGAUCAUCGGAGGGGCGAUAAACUUCGUCAAAGAGCUCGAACAACUGGUCCAAUCCCUCGAGGCUCGAAAGCGAGUCGCGAAACGCAUGGACGCGGCUCCGUUCGCCGACUUCUUCACCUUCCCCCAGUAUUCGACCACCGGUUCGCGCAGCGCAAACAAUGACUGCGCGGACGAGGGGGCGACAGAGAACCGGCCGGCUGUGGCUGACAUAGAGGUGACCAUGGUGGAGAGCCACGCCAACCUCAAGGUCCUCUCCAGGCGGCGGCCGAAGCAGCUGCUGAAGAUGGUGCUGGGGCUGCAGAACCUCCGGCUGACCACCCUCCACCUCAACGUGACCUCCAUUGCCGAGAUGGCCUUCUACUCUUUCAGCCUGAAGGUGGAAGACGAUUGCCAACUGACAUCGGUGGAUGAAAUUGCAACUGCGGUCCAUCAGAUGGUUGGGACGAUUCAGGAGGAUGCUGAUCGCGACAGCAAUCUGUGAUUGUAAUCUAACCACAAUAAGUAGAUCCAGCAAUCCACUACUGUUCUUAUAUGCAGCUUUGAGAUCUUGUUGUAGUGUCUCAAUCCUUGAAGAGUAUUCAAGCAUAGCUUUAAUAUAUGAGCUCACAUGCAUGCAUGUAGCCAAUUCAAAGA